AUGCAGUUUAGGUUCCUUGUGCGAGCAUUUGAGCAUGGCGUUAUCGACAGGACUGAUAGCCUCAAGGAUCGCAUUUACUACCUCAAGCAAUACACUUCUGAGGAGCCUCAAGAGUUGACGGCGGGGGUCAGAGGAACACAAGUUACCAAUACAACGCCAGAGGUACCGCUACAUCAAGCAACGUCAGAAGAGGUCGUGGCAGAGGAACCAAGACAAGAGGCCAAAAAAGUAGACUCCGUACGAAUGCAACUACAGUUACCGGAGGACAAGAUUGCGAAGAUACAAGCUAAAUGCAAAGACAUGGCGGCGCAAGACCAGACAACAGUCCGAGAGCUGGCACAACUAAUAGGGAAAUUAGCGGCGACAACGAAGGCGAUUCUCCCCGGGCCCCUGCACUACAGGAACCUGCAGAUGCUGAAGAGGGCAGGCCUUCGUUUGAAGAGUCAAUGUUACGAGACCACAGUGACGCUCAACCCCGACUGCAAAGCAGACUUAAAGUGGUUGAUAGAACAGCUUCGAAACCACAAUGGGAAGGCAACAAUAUCGACCAAGCCAACGGGUGAUUUCACAAUCCAGUGUGUGUUAGGUGUUGGGUAUGCCUCGUUGACGGGAUGGGGCGCGGUCAUAGAAACAUCGAAGGAUGUAGCGCAGGGACGAUGGACCAAAGAAGAGACAAGACUCCAUAUCAACGUGUUAGAGUUGAAAGUAGUGGAGAUUGCCCUGAAAUCAUUAGCACGACAGGCAAAAAAUUGCCACAGACACUUCAGGCUGGACAACUCGUCAGCCGUUGCCCAGAUCAACAAAUUAGGAGGGAACAAGAUCCCGAGACCUGCUGAAGAUCACCCAAGAAGUAUGGGACUAUUGUAUUCAGAGAAACAUCUCAUUGAGAGCAGAGCACCUCCCAGGGGUGAAGAAUGUGGAAGCAGACCAAGCUUCCCGAGUAUUCAGCGACUCCAGCGACUGGCACCUGAACCAGAAAAUCUUCCGAGAAAUCGAGAAAGUUCUAGGCUAGCAGACCACCUGUUUGCCAGCCGACACAACAGACAGAAACAGCAAUAUGUCAGCUGGAAACCAGACCCAAGAGCGAUAACAUUCAACGCGUUUGCACUAGAUUGGGGAAGGUUGGAGGCAUAUGCAUUUCCACCAUUUUGCCUGAUCGGACGAUGCUUGGCAAAAGUCAAGGAGGACAAAGCGAACAUGAUCUUGACGCAAGGGCCCAAAGCGCCGCAUAGCGGCAAAAAAGCGAAGCUGGCGAAACAUUUAUAA